AUGGGAGUCACGUCCCCGCCAAGGCCACAGGCUUCUCCUGCGUCCGAGCCCGGCUCCGGCGCCGAACCGGUCAUCUCCGCAACCAAACCCACCCAAUCCCCGGCUGCGGUUGUCGGCGAUCACGUACCCGUAGCCUCAAUUGCGCCCACAGCCUCAACGCCAGCAACAACCGUAGCCGAGCAGGUACCUGCAUCCAUCGGUGAACAGCCUCUAGCACUACCGGAGGAGGACCCGGACCACUACGAACAGACACAUGUCCACUCAGUCUACGAGUCCAUAGCGCCCCAUUUCAGCCAAACCCGCCACAAGCCCUGGCCAUUCGUCACGUCCUUUCUACUCUCCCUCCCCGCCGGUUCCGUCGGGCUGGAUGUCGGCUGCGGUAACGGCAAGUAUGUUGGCGUGAAUCCCAACCUCACCAUUCUCGCCUCCGAUCGCAGCGCUUCCCUCUGCCGCCUCGCUCGUGAGAAUACUAACCCUUCUCCUCCCCGAGGCGAACCCGGUCACCAGCCUCUACACGGUGCUGACGUCUGUGUCGCUGAUUCCCUUUCCCUUCCCUUCCGUUCCUCUUCUGCCGACUUUGUCAUCUCCAUUGCCGUCGUUCAUCACUUUAGCACACCCGCUAGGCGAAGAUCCGCCAUCGUUGACUUGCUAGACUGCGUGAGGCCCGGCGGCAAGUUGCUCGUAUAUGUGUGGGCGCUCGAGCAGCGGUCUAGCCGCAGAGGUUGGGACGAGGGUGGUGAGCAGGACCUCCUGGUGCCUUGGGUUAUGAGGGGUAAGAAAGGCUCUGGGGGCGCGGCCGAUGAGACUUUUCAGAGGUACUACCAUCUUUAUCGUCAAGGGGAACUAGAAGAGGACGUUGUUGCGGCGGGGGGCAGGUGCUAG